AUGUAUCUAUCUAUCUAUGUACAUAUCAUUCUGUUCAUAUCUAUCUAUCUAUUUCACUCUUCUUAUUCUCAAAUACUGGCUCUUCGCGACUCGUCAGCUUUGACGCGAAGCCUCGCCUCUCAGAUAACCCGUCGUUUCUUCCUCGUGACGAACUGCGACAUUUCCUCUUCAUUUCUUUCUUUCUUUCUUUCUUUCCUUCAUUCAUUCCUUGAUCUAAUCUUCUUUCUAUCUUUCUUUCAUUCCUUGAUUCAUUCUUCUUUCUUUCCUUCUUUCCUUCCUUCUUUCUUUCUUUCUUUUUCUAUUUCUCUUUCUCUCUGUCUUUCUUUCUUUCAUUCGUUAGUUCGUUUUUCUUCUUUCUUUUUUUUUCUUUCUUUGUUUUUCGUUAUAUUUUAUUUAUAUCAAAUCUCUCUUUCUUUCUUUCUUUCAUUCUUUCUUUCUUUCGUUCUUUCUUUCAUCCGUUCUGUGUUAAUAUCUAUCUAUCUAUCUAUCUAUCUAUCUAUCUAUCUAUAUAUAUAUCUCAUUUUGUUCAAAUCUAUCUCAUUUUGUUCAAAUCUAUCUCAGUGUGUUCAUAUCUAUCUAUCUAUCUAUCUAUCUAUCUAUCUAUCUAUCUCAGUCUGUUCAAAUCUAUCUCAUUUUGUUCAAAUCUAUCUCAGUGUGUUCAUAUCUAUCUAUCUAUCUAUCUAUCUCAGUCUGUUCAAAUCUAUCUCAUUUUGUUCAAAUCUAUCUCAGUGUGUUAAUAUCUAUCUAUUUAUCUAUCUAUCUAUCUAUUUCACUUUCUACAGCUACCUCAGCAGUAGCCAGUAUAAUGACCAUUUUAAGGCCGAAUUUCUCGCCGACAACGACACCGCUUUCCGCGUCCAUUCAUAUCUAUCUAUCUAUCUAUCUAUCUAUCUGUCUGUCUGUCUGUCUGUACGUCUGUCUGUCUGUCCUUGUCAAUAUCUAGCUAGCUACCUAUCGCUGUCAAUCCCCUCUCUCUCUCUCUCUCUCUCUCUCUCUCUCUAUCUAUCUAUCUAUCUGUCUCUACCUAUCGCUGGCAAUCCCCCUCUCUCUCUCUCUCUCUCUCUCUCUCUCUCUCUCUCUAUCUAUCUAUCUAUCUAUCUAUCUAUCUAUACAUCUAUCUGUGUGCCUGCCAAUAUCUAUCUAUCUGUCUCAUUCACUUGCUCUCUCUCUCUCUCUCUUUCUCUCUCUCUCUCUCUAUCUAUCUAUCUAUCUAUCUAUCUCAUUCUGUUUCUUACUAUCUGUCUAUCCAUCUAUCUAUAUUGUUCACGAUUCGGCUUGUUUAUAUCUGCCUUAGUCUUUCUUUCUUUCUGUCUAUCUAUUCUCUUUACAUCUAAAUCUGUUUAUAUUUCUCAAAAUAUAUUGAUUCUUUCAUCUUUUCAUAUCUAUCUAUUUAUCCUAUUCUCUUUUCAUCUAUCUAUCUAUCUAUCUAUCUAUCUAUCUAUCUAUCUAUCUAUCUCUCUCUCUCUCUCCCUAUAUAUAUAUAUAUAUAUAUAUAUAUAUAUAUAA